AUGGAGAGUCCACCAGUCAGCUUCCCCGAGGCAGUGCCUGGCGAGUACUCCGAAAGUUCUAAGGCCCCUAUAGAGAAGCCGAAGAAUACAGUAACGAACGAAGCAGAGGGAGAUGAAGGCAAUGCUUUCUUCCUAAACGCGCGGCCUGGCCGACGGCAGCGGCGGCAAGUUGGCUCGCGCGUUGCUCUGGGUUUUGGCCUGAUGUUUUCCGGACUUGUUGCAGCUAUCCUAUCUAGCCUGCUGUUGCGGCAGCGCCAAGCACGUCCCCGAGUCAACCUGUACGACGCAUGGCAGCAGCUGGAGUCGCAGGAGGCGACGUGGCUGCUUCCUACUAUAGACCAGCAAGAAGUAGCGGCUCACCCCCGCUUGGCCAUGGGUAAAUGGUUGCUUGCAGAUGCAGUUAACUUUAGGCAAGCAGCUGACAUGCAGUGGCGGGGCCCGCUAGGCCGGGAGUUAAUGCUCGUUCUUGCUGAGCACCUCACGAAGGGAAGGUCAAGCAGUGUGAUAGACGCCACCAUCAACUUGGUAAACACGCAGCAGUUGGGUUAUCCUGAAGUCGACCCAACCCCACGUCCUUAUACGAUAAAGCGCUAUCUAUAUGAAGACAAUGAGUCUGUUACCUUGGAGAUAGUAGAUAAAGCAACGAAUUUGCCUUAUGCCAUGCGGCUGCGCACCGUGCAACCUCGCGUCCACGGUGAGGACGUGCUGCCAGAGACAGCGGAGGAACUGAACCAGCGGUCAUUGGUGGAGAGCACUAGCGCUAUGCUUCAGGCAGUUGGGGAGUCGGAUCUGAGAGACGCAGCAGAGGAGAGGGGCUUGGCUGUUGCAUCUGCCGUUGCAACGAUCCAAGGCGUGCCCACGGUCAUGCGCGGCAGUACUGUUUACCUGGUGGCUGACGUUGAGCUGAGUGAGGUUUACAGCGGUCGCUUGAGUGAUAUAUUCGCAGCAGGGACUGCUACCUCUUUGGAGGUUAAGGAGUACGCUGGGAGCCGAAUGCUGCUGCAGGUGUUGCAGUUGCAGCACGCCCGAUUCAGCCACAACAAUCUGAAGCUUGAAAACUUUUUAAUGCGGCCAGACGGCUCUUUUCUGCUGGGAAACUUUGGAACUGGUACCCCCAUAGGCGAGCGCCUAGACAGAGUCAGCGCUGUGGACCCAAAAUAUGCGGAGAUGGAGCUAGGUGUUAACGCUGCAGCUGCUGAGGCUGAAGGGGAGGAAGAUCUCGCCAAACCUGUAGUUGACGAGAAAUCGGAUAUGUGGAGCUUGGGUGUUUGUCUAUACAAAAUAUUCACAGACGGCGAUAUGCCUUUUGACCUGGCCUCAGAAGAGCCUGCUGCAUCUGUCUUCGCGUUUUUGAAGGAACACCGAAUGAGCGGGCAGUCGCUGCGUGGUCGGCUGACAGAUUCGGGGGUGCCCCCCAGGUGGCAGGAUCUAAUUACAGGCCUCUUGGAAGUUGAUAGAGACGACAGACUGGACGCAGAAAGGGUGUCCAGGGAGUUCCAGGAUCUUCUACACCUGCGGGGUGUGUAG